CGCCGAUAUGAGGCUGAAGCAUUGUGGCGCCAAACAAUGUUCCAGCGAACCAGACAUCAAGGUCGUGAGUGUGUGUCAGAGGUAACUGAAUGAAAUUGCUGUGGAUCUUCAUCACCUGUCUUGUCCUCUCUGCGCAAUUCUUUGCAGGAGAAGGGAAGGCAUGCCGCACUGCAGAACACUGCAAGGAGGGUGAAUGCUGCAUGACGAAGCAGUCCAUGUGGGGAGGAUGCAGGUCACUCGGAUGUCCAGGAUGUCCCUGUGAGCCUGACAGCGAGAAAUUCCACCUGGGGGACAUGUACUUGUGGUCAUGCCCCUGCUCGGAGGGGCUCGAGUGCGUGCCGGAGGAUAUCAUCAGAAACGAAGGCGACAAGAGUGUUGUAUUCAUAAAUUCCACCUGCGUGAGCCCCGAAGAAGCCAAGAGAAAGAGAAGCAGGUAUUCUUUUCAACCCGAGAUCCUGCCGAGAUUCCUGCGGAAAUCGGAGGGGCGCAAUGCCUAGAAAUAUUCGAUUGCUGAAGUGUAUAUUAUGAAACAUGUGAAUGCUUGUUUACUUUCCUGUAAAUCUCUUAUGUAUAUAAUCAAAGUAUUUUUAUUAUAAAAAUUAUCCAAACUAUUUACUUUUGUUAAAUCUUUCCACACAAAUUUAUGUAAAUUGAACUUGUUUCAUGCUUGUUAAAAAUAAUUUUGUAAUAAUGUUUCAUUUACCUUUUGUAUAGGCUAGAGUUUUGAAAUUUUGCGCAUGAUAUAUAAUUAUUAGUUGAAAUAAAUUUUCAUUCAUUACGA